AUGAGAAGGGGGGUAGGGGCAGAAUGGGUUUUCACCAAGCAUGGUACGAUUGUGGGGGAAAUGUUCAUGGCGUUGAAAGAUCGGACUCUUUCCCCGGUCAUCGGGAGAGCUGUGGUUGGAUUUCUGGCUGCAAGAAAGACCGAAUUAAAUGACUUGGACCGCUGGAUAGAAUGCUGGGAAGUACCACUGAAUAUUGCCCUAAGAUCUGAGGAAGUACGAGGGAAUGUACAAAUCUAUGCCCUACCAGGACUCUUCCGGCUAUCACCGGAGUGCUUUGUGCGGUUCACCCAGGGGGUAAGAUUAGGGAGAUAUAACCGAGGAAACCUUGGGGGCGGGGAUGAGCGGGAUUUGAUGAGUCUUCUUCGUUGUCUCAAAGUUGGGCGAGAUCUGGGAUUUGUGGAUGAAAUAAGUACGACGAAUCUACUUCCUUCCUCUUUUGUUUCGCCACUCCUCUCAAAUGCACACGGGCACACCCGCCUCGCUGCACUCACUUUAACGACAUAUUCUCCAACUCUCACAAAGCCCCUCCCAACUUCCGCCUUCCGUGUAUUGAAGUCAGCACUCCCACCGUUACACGCAGAAACUGACGCAGAGGUGAGGGACCUGAUAAUUGGGAGUAUAAGGCAACUCGUAGAACGUUUGGGUAGCAGUUCCUAUGCCCUCGAUAAGGACCUGCAAGGACUUCAGAAAAACGCCCUUCGCCUACCCAAAGACCAAACCACCCUCUCAAGAAUUCUGGGACACAAAGAAAGCAUUGAAGAGGCAGCUUCCUUUAUAAGCUGGUAUUUGAACUUUCUGAAGUCUCAAUUAGCCCCAGGGGCGAGCUAUCAGCGUGUUGUGACAGCGCUGAGAGUUCUAAUAAUGGUUGUCCGUUCUGGAGUUGACCCGUCACUGGUGGAUCCUGACGACAAAGCAAGCAAGAAGAAAGGGUUACUAUACUGGCCUCCAAGUGUCCGAGUAGAUUUUUUUGAUGGAGCGAUGAAGAGGGUAUUGGUCGAUUGCUUAUUCAACCCCUUUGAAGAUGUAAGGGUUAUGGCAGCAGAAGUUUUGAAGUUCGCUCCUGACUGUGGCGGGUCACUUCGGGUAAUUCUGGAAAGGGGACUCAGGGAGAUGAAUACCUCUGGAAGAGCUAGAGAUGCGGAUGGCGUUGCUAGAUCUAUCGACCUGUGGUUCCAUUUUGCGACGAAACGUUCCCCGGAAUCAAAGCUCGAGGAACUUUGGGGCUUCGCGGUUGCUGCUCAAAGUGGCGAACUUUGUGUGGUAGAUUGGGUGCUAAAUGUUUUGGAACUGGACUACCUCAAGGUUGCCCGAGAAGACUUCCAAAGAGCUGUUCGAGAGAGACCCAUUUAUGGCCUUUUCUCUGCGCUCAGACUCAUAUUCGAAGGGGGGGGGAUUUGUCAGGGUGCUCUCAAAGGCUGUGCAGAGAAACUCCCCGUUUCUCGGAUCCUCGAAUACUGCGUGGAGAUCUGGCAGAUGUCUAAGGACAUUUUGUGUUUUGUUAGCCCAGAGGGAUAUGUGCCGCAGGGGAUGAUGGAGGAGGACACAGGAGAUGAUGGAAUGGACACACAAACUGUUAUGAGUUAUUGUUGGAGAGCAGUCAAAGAAUCCAGUGCACUCUUAGGCGCAAUUAUUGGUACAGCCGAUUUCGGCUCGGGUCCCCAAUCACUGUCCAAGCAGAAUUUCUCCGACAUCGGAAAUGUCUUAUUAGAGCAACUAUUAGAUAUUCGUCAUCGUGGCGCUUUCUCCGCAGUGUCUCCUAGUUUCAUAGAACUUUGUUCCCGGUGCUUAGCUACCCAAACCCUUUCCGAUUUACCUGAACAAUGGCUAUCUAAGAGCAUUCUUCAAAUAAUCGAUAAAUCCGACUCGAUCACUCGGCGUUCCGCCGGUCUUCCUUACCUAAUAGUUGGCAUUGUAAUCGCGGACCCACACCCAGACCGUCCACUACUCAAAUCAACUUUUGAGAAACUGGAGGAAUUCGCGCGUUUGCCCGCUGCCCUCUCAAUAGACGGGACCAAGGUCAAACUUCCUCAAGUUCACGCCCUUAACUGCUUGAAAGUCAUGUUUGCGGACUCCCGCCUAUCAUCCUCUUCGCAGGAAUUCCUAGGGAGAGGAUUAGAGUUAUCUGUAAGCUGCUUCGCAAGUGAGGUCUGGGCUAUCCGAAAUUGUGGUAUCAUGUUAUUCACUGCGCUUGUGAAUAGACUUUUCGGCAAAAGAAUGACAGGGACUAUAGAAAUCAAAGACUUCCUCGAGCGUUACCCAGCGGUGACAUCAGUCCUGCUACAAAGUUUAAACGGAGAAUCGGAUAUUAAAAGCGUUGAACAACUUUAUCCAGCACUAUCACUCAUUGCUAGGCUAGAACCAAGCGAAGGGUUUGAUGCAAACGCUAUUGAACCGGCAGUGAUGAGAUGUUUGAGUAGCCGCUUUUGGAAAAUUAGGGAGAUGGCUGCGAGGAGUUAUUCCACCCUUGUUAGCGCUCAGCAUCUCAUUGAGGUUAUUGAUCAACUACUCCGGGAUGCAGGGGAAAGUCGGAGACAGAACUUUGUCCAUGGCCGGCUUUGUGCCGUUAAGGCUUUGCUGGAUAGAAGAGGCGCGGGCAGCGGGGAAAAGAUUUUCGAGGUCCUUGGAAGGUAUUGGAGAAUUUUGGUGCAGUCAAAUAACUGUGCGGUAACAAAAGCCUCGUUUUUGUCUCUCAUUAACAGUGAUAAUAUUCAACGACUGUUAAAGACACCGCUCAAUAAUCCAGCCCAGAGUCUUCUCAACAACCUACUGGAAUAUUGCAAGACUUCGCAGGAGGUUCUACAAGAGGUUGGCCGAGCGUCUACAGUUGGCCGCUCAAUGUUAAAAGAGGAGUUAACCAGAUAUAUCUAUAACCUUGCAGCUUACUCAAACGAUCGCAUACCUACCCUUAUCACCUCCAUAGCCAGCGAGGAUGAAGAGCUUGCUUUAUAUACUAGCUCUCACCUUUCCUCCUCCCCUCUAAAUUUCGAUCAGGAUACUCUCACCUCACUUGAUGCCACCCUGUGGACAAUAAUUACAAUUCACCCAUGGGAUCAACUACGUACCAUGGCUGUAAACCUCCUAUCAGAAUAUCCCCCACCGCAGGGAGCCCCAGAAGAGUUUCUCCAAGAACGAUGCAAGAUUCUCUUGACGCUCUGUACUAGUGCAUCCACCGAGCCAUGCCGUAUCGCAGCUCUCCCGGCGCUAGCAAAACUAACCACCCACUUGUCUCAUCCAACCGCAUCUCUCCUCAAGGAGAUAACAAAACAAGUAGAGCUAUCGGGCUACGAGGACAAUCCUUUCCCAACUCGCCAGGCCGCUGUCUCCGCUGUGAAAGCCCUAUGUCCAAUUCUAACAUUUGAGACCUUCAACCACGCCUACUUCUGUCUCUACGACUUCCUCCAUGACGAUGACGAAGACAUCCGCGAGGAAGCCGCAAGAAUCGUCAAGUCUGUCACGAAAGGAGAACACACCCUUCUCCCCCUCGCAUCCGCUGAUACCCUCAUUGAUAAAAUGGCUAAAUCAUUCAGUAAGGAUGAAGAAUUUGCUAGAGAGGUCGUUUCGAGAGUUGUUGUCAAUGGCGAUGUCAAGAAUCUACUGAAACAAGUCUCCACCGAGGAUAAAAUUCUCUUUGCUAGAGAGAAGCAGAAUCUGUUUUUAGAUGUUCACGGCGAGGUAGUGCGCUGGGCCGCGGUGCUGGGAGGGUUACCAGAAAAUAGCCGGUUUAUCGAGGAUACCCUAAAUGCCGUUGCCAGGGCUCGAGAGUUCGCCAAGGAGAUGGGGGAGGAAGGGCCUGUUGGGUGGAUGCGUGAGGAAGAGGUGUGGGUAGUGUUUGGGCGGGUCGUAGAGGGAUUGAGUAUCAUUAAAAGGUGGAGGGGUGAUUGCGGGGAUGAGGCCAAGGAGUUCCUGAUGGAGAUGAAAGACCUCCAAGCCCACGAGCUGUUUUUGGGAAGGUUGGAGGAGGUUUUGGCUGUUUAGGUAGCCAGAUGUAGAGCACCUGGAAGGAAUAUAGAGCAUGUUUUGAUGUGUGCCAUAAACACUACCCAGGGUAUCACAUACAACCGA